ACUUUAAAAUACUACUUGGUUCCUUAAUAUGAGAUUAAAUACCUGCAUAAUAUUUUAAUCAUCUGCAGUUCAUCUCGAUUCAUUCACUUUCAAUCGCCCAUAUUCAGUUUAUAGAAAAACUUUGCCAUGUCAAAAUGUCUUUGAGCCCCAUCCCACUAGUUGUCCUGGUCCAAAAACAAGGGGAUCACCCCAAUCACUUUAUCCUCUGGUGUAACCAGCAUGUUACAUUUUCAGUCUGUAGUCCGAACUCACACCCUGCACACUGUUUUUUUUGUGGAGGCUACAAGCCCAUUACUCAACGACUGAAGCUCAGAAACACCUCCAACACAGCAAAGUAUGGGCACAUGCAGAGUCUCUGCAGAUACUUCCAUGCACUUUAACUGAGUUAUGAGAAGUGAUGCUGUUGCUUCAGCUGCGCACACUUGUAAAUUCUAUGUAUCAUAGAAAAGUGGACAGUAUGUUUUCUGAGUACUCUUAUAGUCAGAGUUAAAUGUAUUAAUUACUUCAUAAUUUAAAAAAGAAUCAGCUUAUUAAUCAAUUAAAAUUAGAUAACUGCAAAGCCUACAGUUACUGUGGUGACAACCCCUGCUUCCAUAUAAAGCUGCUUACAACAAUCUAACUUUAGCAGAUUUCUGAGUUGGAGGUGUUUUCACUCUGACAUGCAUCAGCUGUGUCAGGGAAGACAGCUGUCGCUCCCCUUUAAGGUCACUCACCUAACUAUACUCAGCCAGGAGUCAAGCUCCUCAAAUGAAAAUAGGCUUAUCAUCCAGAUAAAGCUCCCAUGCAUUGCAGAAUGAGUCAUCAUAACUACAAACUUUCAAGUCAUGAUUUGUGGGCCAACCGAUUAAAAUCUCUUUCUGUGUCUGUUCUAUCUACCUCAUGCGCUUUCACAAUAGAUGCCUUGGUUUUUAAAUUUUAGUUUCAGAGCAGCUUAGUUUCAUUUAGUUCUUCAAAACACUGUACAAGCUAGAUGUUACUACUGCUAUAGUUUUCGCAGCACAUUAACAUCUUGUAAUAUAAGCUCAAGCAUUAGUGGGUAAGAAAGGCUCUGCUGACCUUUGCUUUCCCUGGAAGUGCCUUGAGUGGCUGGGAUCUGAUAUCAGAAUGGAGGGCACGUGUGCAGGACCAACACCCUGCAGCAGGAGGCCUUUACAGAGGGCCAAUCACCAGCCACCAUGAAUUGGUGGUGACAGGUCUAUUCUGAGAUCUUAAACAUUGAAGCAGAGGUGGACUUCCAACCAGCAGAGGUGGACUCCCAACCAGAAAACUCUUCCUCAAAGUCAUUUUAGCGCAUUAUCUGCUUCAGUCAGUCACAUUAUGCCUCCAUUUGCUUCUAUCUCCUGCUGCAAUACCUGUUUAUAGACUGAAUAAAAUUGGAUAUCACUGGUUCUAUAUUGAACUUAAGUCCCAUUCCUUUAUGAGAGUCUAUUUAUGAUCAUUUAUGAAGUUGCAAACACCAAGUUACUGUGAAAAGCAGCAGCAGCAACACAUGUUCAUUGCUAGGGUUUGUCAGGCCCAGUGACACAGUAUUUCUCUUGAAAUAGACAUACAGUAUUUAAUAUUUGGAUGGCUGAAGAGACUGGGCCUCAAGCCAGGGUCACUGUGGGAAGUUUGAAGUUCACUGAACACUUUGUGCAUAAACAGUGCAUGAAAUCACACUGAUAGGCUGCCCAGAGAACAAGGCACCAUGCACGGUGAUGCAUAUUACCCCAAAUGAAAUAGCUCUGUUCAGGAGUUUUAACACAUAGUUGCCUGACAUAUCAUUGCUGGUGGUCUGAUGAGCUGAUUUACGUGGUUCUGCGGUGUAUAUUAUUUUCCAUUUGGAUAAGAUCUUUAUAUGUUGUCUUAUAUGACUUCUGAACUGCCAACUAGACAUCUGUAUAACAUAAAAUGCCAAAAAUAUAAGUCUAUAAGAAAAAAUGCUUGAGAACCAACUUGAUGAGACAUAAAUACAUUUACUGAGCUGUUGCCAUCACUGCUUCUGCUUCAGUAUCAGGCAAAUUGCAGCAUGUCAAUGAAAAAAAUAUUUCUUUUGUAAUACAGAGGAAUGCCUUUCUUGUACAAUGAACUUGACACUUCUUUGUCAUUCCACUGAAAACCCCUCCCAGCCUUCAGCUUGAAUCAUUAACUUUGCAUACACCACCAAAGAAAUUUGAGCAUGAGGGAUAAUUUAGAGCUUAUCUGCUGUAGGUGGAGCACAUACAUAGCCGGAGGCAUCUUCACUACAGUACUGCCAAAUAACUCUUUCAGCUGUGACUGAUGAACUUGUUUUAUUUAAUCUUCAUGAAACUAUAACUUUGCCCCAAGAUAAAUUUCUUGAUUGCUGAUGAAAGCUUGACAGUGUGCUAAGUGUUUGUUUCAGAUCACAUCAGUGUGCUUGCUCAUAGAGGUCUGAUAAAUGGCAGUGUACUCCAGCUGUCCAGGACAACAGAUUUAUAGCCUGCUGCUCCACUGCAGCCCUGAAAGCAGAUACUGCUCAGGACUGGCUCACUUCAUUUGGCUGUUGCCAUGGUAAAUAAAAUAAAAACAAUUUCCUGCCAGUGUUUGAAUGUGUAAUAGUGUGUGUGGUUUCAAACACCAGGGGGAAUGUAUCAUUUCAUUGCAGCUAUAAUUUCACAACUAGACCAUUGUGUUCCAGCACGGUACCGUCUGCUUACUCCACUCUUCAGGGUCUUCUUUUUCUUCUCAAUGGGAUGUGUGAAUGUGUAGCACCCUGCUCUAUCCAACAGUGGUCAGCUUUCCUUCCAGUUUUUUUUUUUUUUUUUAACUGGACAUGGGCCAUGAGAGGACACUCUCACUGACACAGAGAGACGAACAGGAGACAGAUGUACAGAAGAGAGGAGUGAUCUAGGGAAAGAAAUCUGAUAUCAUGUUCCUGGGAGCACUGAAAAGGUUAGCUAUAAUGUGCCGCUCUUUAUAUAGUUGUGCAAUACAAAUCCUUGGUUCCCAGCUAAAUUGAGGCUUGAAGCCCUAAUGUUAGCUGCCUGAGCAACUUUAGUGUGCUUUACAGCCUGUUGCAUCACUUUAAUGAGUUGCUGUAGGAAAUACUGAUUAGUCUAUGUAAUUUCCCUUACUUGGUGACUUUUUCAGUCUUCAAACAAACACAUAUAUGAAUAGUAUUCAAUUUAGUUCUGUUAGACUAAGUCUGUCAUAUCAACCUACUAGUCUGUGAAAUCUUUGUAAAAUGUCACCAGUCUGUAUUUUACAUACAAAGACUGUGACAUGAAAUCUGAAAACCACGCCUCGUGCGUGAAGUAAAAGCUCCUCUGUGAUACAUGAUCGGGAAAUGUGUAAAACUAGAGACCUGGUAUUUGAUAACCUACAUGGAUGCCCAGCAAGUUGCUCCAGGGCAGGAUAGAUCUGUACUGGAUAGAUGUCGGCUCUCUUUCUUCUAGUUUGGAACAGCCUAUAUAUUGGGCCAAUGUAAGUGAGACGCCGAAGGGUGUGUCAGUUGUAGUGUGUCUUUAGAGGUGUGUGUGUACAUUAUAUGGGAGGCGUGUGCUUUUUUGUAUGGGUGAGUAUCUCUGUAAAAGUCACAGAGCUACAGAGCAUGUGCUCAGCCACACUCCAAAGGUGUAUUGCCCCAUUCAUUAGGCUUUUCUUUAUUCCUUUUUCUUUAUUUCAAUCAGUUUAUUGCAGUCGCUUGUUCUCUUUGCUUCCUACUUCCUGCUGUAGUAUUUACUUUAGUGAGAAUAUUUUUCCAUGCCAGUUUUUUUUUUCCUAAGAAGUAGAGAAGGUAGGAGGAGCCACACCACAAGUGUGCCUCACUCUCGCUCUCUCACACUCACACACUCCCUCUCUUCCAUUCUGUCAUUGCCAUCUCGGCAGAACGGAGACUGUUCAUUCCCAGCCACGCUGAAUGCAGGGGGACAGCACACGUUUGACUUUGUUAAGUUCCAUUUUACAGAGGAAUAUUCUUUUUCUUCACGACAUCUAAAGGAUCAGCAAGAACAAGCAGAAGAGAAAGUAAGGAAAAAAAGAUUAUAUGGAUUUCUUCUGUCAUUUUUUUUCUAAUUGAAUUAAGAGGCGUGUGACAGCUGGUUAUACCACAGGAUUCUUUCACCCAGCAAGGUGUGAAAUUGUUUUAUCUUUUCAUGUUAUUUUCAGUUUUACUCUAAGAGGGUAUACUGCCAUAAAGUACAAUGGUUGCUGGAAUGCUGAUGCCCCUGCGGGACCUUAGGGCCAUCUAUGAGGUCCUGUUUCGAGAUGGUGUCAUGGUGGCCAAGAAGGACAAGAGACCUCAGACCAAGCACCCUGAGAUAGAAGGUGUAAGCAACCUACAAGUAAUCCGUGCCAUGGGGUCUCUUAAAUCUAGGGGUUGUGUGAAGGAAACAUUUGCAUGGAGACAUUUCUACUGGUACCUGACCAAUGAGGGCAUUGUUUACCUGCGUGACUACCUUCACCUGCCACCUGAAAUUGUUCCUGCCUCCCUACAAAGGGUUAGGAAGCCAGCUGCCACCCUGGCCAUUGCCCACAGGGCUGCACGGGUCCAAUCUGUGGAAGGUCCUACAUCAUAUGUUCCUAAGCCAGCACGGAGGGGUGAAGCAGAGAGCCAAGAGGCUCUUGCUGAGCGUCAAGGCUACCGCCAUAAGAUGAUGGGUGCAGGAGAAAGAGAGAGUUACUCUGACAAGACCCCCAGGUUUAGGGGUCGUCCACUUGCUGCAGACCCAGACAGGCCAAGAGCAUCAUGGGAAGUGGAGAGCCAACCUCAGCCUCUGUUAAGGAAGGGAAACAGCUUCAAAAAUGAAACAGCCAUGAUUGAGGAGAGCAGGAUGAAAAGAGUCUCUCACCAGCAGCAUGAUAUGAGCAGUGAGAAGCCAACAACAACAUCACAGGAGACAAAAGUGUCUGAAAUCCAAAAGGAAAAAGCACCAACUGCUGUCCACGUUCAGAGAGCUCCUUUGAAACAGGAUGUAUCACAGACCACUCUGACAUCAGUGUCCUCCAAAACUGCCCUGCCAUUAGCUCUGGCUGAGACUACAGGUGCUGCAACAUCAAAGGUUCCAGCUGAACCCUCUGCUCCCAGAACAAAUAAAGAGAAGCUUAAGAUCACUGAAAAAACUUCCAAGUCUAGUAAAAUGAUCACAAGCAAUCCGGCUAUCACAACAGUUCCUGAAACAGAGGUCAAAGAGAAGAAGUCAAAAAAUUUGAUUAUGGAACUCGUUAAAUCCCCAGAGGUCAAGGCUACGUGUGAAAUGGCAACUGAUAUAGUAAAGCCCAAGCCAUCUAUUACAAUGACUGCUGCUCAUGAAACCUCUAGACUCGUUACUGACACUGUCAUUGCUGCCCCUGUCAACACAACACCUGUCAAGAAAGAUAUCAAGGAAGAGAAGACAGAAAAGUUCAUCAUGAAUCCAGUUAAAUCUGCAAAGGUGAAGACUACAUCUGAAUUGGAAACUGAUAGAUUGAAGCCCCAGCCAUCUAUUUCAAUGGCUGCUGCUCAGGAACCUUGCAAAUUCCAUGCUGACACAUCUGUCAGUAAAGAUGUCAAGGAAGAGAUGCGUGAGGUAGCAAAGGUGAAUGAAAAAUCACUUAAAUGUGCAGAAGUUAAGACCCCAGCUGAAUCUAAUAUAGAUCAUGAGAAGACUAAGAAAACUGCCAAAGUUACUGCCACUCAGGAGACCACCAAACUGCCGUGCAACAGUACCACCAGCAAGCCAGUAUUACCCGCUGAGUUCUCUAAAGUGAUCCAGGAGCCCAUUGAUGCUAAGUUGACCUCAGUGAAUUUCUCAGGAAAGCCCAAAACUGAUGAAGCACGCCAGAAAACUACCAUGGUGAAGUCCUCUGUAACUGAAAUUAAAACUACUAUUAGUACAACAACUCUCUCAACACCUGUAGUCAGUGCUGAGGAUACUAAACCUGUCAAGGGGAAAGCUACGGUAACAGAGAUAAUUACAAAGCAGGAGAAAAAUGUUGAGAAAGAUGAAAAAGUAGUGCCAAAAGAGGCCAUUAAAAUCUCAGCACAGGAUCCUGCAUUAGUGCAAAAAGACUCCUCUUCAUCUCAACUCAGUCAACACGCUGCUACCACAGAGCUGGUUAAAGAAACCAAACAAGUGGUUGAGGGAAGCACUAAAUCAAAAAGAAAGAAAAAGAAAUCUCCAGGUGAGAUAUCUCAGACUUUCAAAGCUGAGGUACUAACUGACUCAAAAGUGGUGAAGGAAAAAACCUCUACUGACAAACCUCCAGAGGAAGUGGCUGGAAAUACCCUCCAAUUAAUACCAGUAGUUACCUCAGAGCCUCUGACAGUGUGUACCAGCAUAAAAACUGAGGGAGGAUCACCUGUAAAUAUUGACUUUAGGGGGAUAACGGAAGUUCCUCCUCAAACUGAUGAGACACCAAUUACGGAAGUCCCUAAACAAAUGUUGGGGCAGAGUAUUUCUGAAGUAGCACCACUACUGUCACAUCAGAUCCCUCCAGCGCCCCCUGUGGAGCUUCAAGAUGGUGCACAAGUAAAAAAGGAGGUUGAGGAAAGCAGUGUCAGCAAAAUAACACAGGGACCAGGCACCAAACUGCCCCACAUUGAGCCAGUGAAAUCUGAGGAAAUGACUGUGAUGGUGCAGAAAAUAACUGAAGUGGAGCUCUUACAAGGAAGUCCUAAAUCUGAAGAGAAAAGUCCUGUACUGUUGUCUGAAUCUCAGAAACCCACAGUUGAGAAGAAAUCCUCAGUCAGCACAGGGAAAGCUGCUGAGGAAUCUUCAAAGAGUAGGAAGAAAGGCAAAGGGAAAAAGCAGGCUCAGGCAACAUUAUUUGACAGCAUAAACACAAAGCCUGUCUUUUUGCCUGAAGCUGAAGCAUUGCCAUCCACUAACAUUACAUCAUUGCCCAAGGCCACAGUUAAACACAGCCCUGUCACGGCCUCUGAACUGACUGAAGUGAGUGUUUCUCCAAAGAUGACUCCUGAAAGAAUGUGCAGUGAGGAAACCAGGCAGGCAGCAGCUGUGCUCUCUGAGGCCCCAGCAGACAAAGGGGAGGUGGAGCCAGUGCUGUUCUUUGCAGAAAAAAUCAAGCGGGAGGUUCCGAAACCAGAAACAUCCUCCAGUGCGAGGGAAGCGCACGCAGCCGGAGAAUUAGCGUCAGCAGCUCUAGUGGUAACAGCAGAGGCAGCUGUAGCUCAGGCACAGGCCAGCCCCCUUGCCAAGCAAGAGGAGCCUCCCAAAGUUGCACAACAUUCAGCCAGUCAGGCAGCAGAGCACUGCACAGAGCUCUCGGUUUCUGAGGCCUCAAAGCGGGAGGAAGAGAAGAAGAGGGACUUGGAGGAAGACACACCCUCUGCCACUGCCACUGCCACACCCGCAGCUGCCCUGCCUGACCAGCCUCACCUGGGAGUCAUCUGUGAGUCUGUAAGCCCUGACAUAGACGAAGCCGCCAUGAGGAAGAAAAUUGUAGUGGUUGAAGAAAUAGUUGAGGUGAAGCAGAUCAUUAGUCCGCAGACAGCAGGGGAGCAGCCACCUCCUACACCUGUGCAGCCUGAGGUGGAAGGAGAGGAACUGGACCUUGAUGUUCUAGAAGCAAUCGCUAUAGAACGUGCACUUUUGUCAGGGGCAGAAGGGGCCAGGGCGCAAGGAGCCUCACCUGAGGAAGACUGGGACCAUUCACUGGAGGAGCCAGAGGAGAAGACGUGGCCCAACUUCAUUGAAGAUGAACGAGAUCGAGUACAGAAAAAGACCUUCACAAAAUGGGUGAACAAGCACUUGAUAAAGCACUGGAAGGCAGAGACACAGCGUCAUGUGACAGACCUGUAUGAAGACCUCCGAGAUGGACACAACCUGAUCUCGCUGUUGGAGGUCCUCUCUGGGGAAACACUGCCCAGAGAGAAAGGCCGCAUGCGCUUCCACAAGCUGCAGAAUGUACAGAUAGCACUGGACUUCCUCAAACACCGGCAGGUCAAGCUGGUUAACAUCAGAAAUGAUGACAUAGCAGAUGGGAACCCCAAGCUGACCCUGGGCUUAAUAUGGACCAUCAUCCUCCACUUCCAGAUCUCAGAUAUUCAGGUCAAUGGCCAGUCAGAAGACAUGACGGCCAAGGAGAAGCUGCUGCUCUGGUCUCAGAGGAUGACAGAGGGCUACCAGAACAUCCGCUGUGACAACUUCACCACCAGCUGGCGCGACGGCAAGCUCUUCAAUGCUGUCAUACACAAACACUAUCCCAGACUCAUCGACAUGGGCAAAGUGUACCGACAGAACAACCUGGAGAACUUGGAACAGGCCUUCGGUGUGGCAGAGAGAGACCUGGGAGUGACGCGCCUUCUGGAUCCUGAGGAUGUUGACGUGCCACACCCUGAUGAAAAGUCCAUCAUCACCUACGUCUCAUCCUUGUAUGAUGCUAUGCCUCGGGUUGAUGUACAUGAUGGCGUCAGAGCUAACGAGUUGGAGUUGCGCUGGCAGGAGUACUACGAGCUGGUGACUGUCCUGCUCCAGUGGAUCCGCCACCAUGUCAUGAUCUUCGAGGAGAGGAAGUUCCCUGCCAGCUAUGAGGAGAUAGAGCUUCUUUGGCGCCAGUUCUUGAAGUUCAAAGAGACAGAGCUGCCAGUUAAGGAGUCUGACAAGGACCGGUCUAAACGCAUCUACCAGUCCUUUGAGAGUGCUGUGCAUGCUGGUCAGGUGAAGGUCCCUCCAGGCUACCAUCCCAUUGAUGUGGAGAAAGAAUGGGGUCGACUGCAUGUGGCCAUCCUGGAAAGAGAACGGCUGCUCAGGAUAGAGUUUGAGAGACUCGAGAGGCUCCAGAGGAUUGUCAGCAAAGUCCAAAUGGAGUCGGGGCUGUGUGAUGAACAACUCAGUCACCUGGAGACUCUGCUGCAGACGGACAUUCGUCUGCUGAAUUCAGGGAAACCAGCUCAGCAUGCAGCAGAAGUGGAGAGGGAGCUGGACAAGGCAGAGAACAUGAUUCGUCUGCUCUUCAAUGAUGUGCAGAUACUCAAGGAUGGGCGCCACCCUCAGGCUGAACAGAUUUACCGCAGGGUUUACCGUCUGCACGAGCGCCUGGUGAACCUGCGCAGUGAUUACAACCUUCGUCUGAAGUCUGUGGCGACCUCUGCCCAGGCUCCUUUGUCACAGACCUCCCAGCAGACCACCAUGAAGGUGCGGCCUGAGUUGGAUGAUGUGACCCUUCGCUAUGUCCAAGACCUCUUGGCCUGGGUGGAGGAGAACCAGCGCCGCAUUGAUGAAGCCCAGUGGGGCUCUGAUCUUCCUUCUGUGGAGUCCCAGCUGGGUAGCCACAGAGGCCUGCAUCAGACUGUGGAGGACUUCCGAUCCAAGAUUGAACGGGCCAGGGCUGACGAGACCCAGCUCUCUCCUGUCAGCAAGGGUACAUACAAGGAAUACCUGGGUAAACUGGACCUUCAGUAUGGCAAACUACUGAGUUCUUCCAAGUCCCGCCUGAGGAACUUGGAUUCACUCCAUGCCUUUGUCAGUGCUGCCACUAAGGAACUGAUGUGGCUAAAUGACAAGGAAGAGGAGGAGGUCAACUUUGACUGGAGUGACAAAAACACCAACAUGACAGCUAAGAAAGACAAUUACUCGGGUCUCAUGCGAGAGCUGGAGCUGAGGGAGAAGAAAGUCAAUGAUAUCCAGGCCCUGGGAGACAAACUUGUCAGGGAUGGACAUCCUGGCAAGAAGACAGUUGAGGCCUUCACAGCUGCCCUGCAGACUCAGUGGAGCUGGAUUCUCCAACUGUGCUGCUGUAUUGAGGCUCAUCUCAAAGAAAACACAGCCUACUACCAGUUCUUUGCUGAUGUGAAAGAGGCUCAGGACAAGAUGAAGAAAAUGCAAGAGAACAUGAAAAAGAAAUACAGCUGUGAUCGUUCCACCACAGCCACACGACUGGAGGAUCUGCUGCAGGAUGCUGUGGAGGAGAGAGAACAGCUGAAUGAAUUCAAAACCCUUGUGACCAGCCUGAACAAAAGAGCCAAGUCCAUCAUCCAGUUGAAACCUCGCAACCCCACCACCUCCAUUAAAGGCAAAUUGCCUAUUCAGGCUGUCUGUGACUUCAAGCAACAGGAGAUCAUUGUGCAUAAAGGGGAUGAGUGCGUGCUCCUCAACAACUCUCAGCCUUUCAAAUGGAAGGUCCUGAACCGCAGUGGACACGAGGCAGUGGUGCCCUCCGUCUGCUUCAUGGUGCCUCCAGUCAACAAGGAGGCUGUGGACAGCGUGUCCAGCCUGGACGCAGGUCAUCAGCAGAUGGUGUCUAUGUGGCAGAGACUCCAUAUUGACAUGAAGAGUUUGCUGUCAUGGCAGUACCUGAUGAGAGACUUCACACAGAUAAGCUCCUGGAACAUCACCAUGUUAAAGACCAUGAAACCAGAGGAAUAUAGACUGAUCAUGAGGAACCUGGAGCUCCACUAUCAGGACUACAUGCGGGAUAGCCAGGACUCGCAGCUCUUUGGCCCUGACGACCGCAUGCAGAUCGAGCAAGACUACACCAAGGCAACCCAGCACUUUGACAACCUGCUUCGUUCCAUGGAGAAAGGUCAGCAGGAUGAGUCUCUGUGUAAGAACUACAUCUCUGAGCUCAAGGAUCUGCGUCUGCGUAUAGAGGACUGCGAAGCUGGGACUGUGGCACGCAUACGCAAACCUAUGGAGAGGGACCCUCUCAAAGAAUGUGUUCAGAAGACAACAGAGCAGAAGAAAGUCCAAGUGGAGCUUGAGGGUCUCAAGAAGGACCUUAACAAGGUAUCUGUAAAGACGCAAGAGGUCUUAGCCUCCCCUCAACAGUCUGCCUCUGCUCCAGUCCUGCGAUCAGAGCUUGACCUCACUGUGCAGAAGAUGGAUCAUGUCUACAUGCUCUCCUCCAUUUAUCUUGACAAGCUGAAAACUGUGGAGAUGGUCAUCCGUAACACACAAGGUGCUGAGGGAGUUCUCAAGCAAUAUGAGGACUGUCUGCGUGAGGUGCACACAGUGCCCAGUGAUGUCAAAGAAGUAGAAACUUACAGAGCAAAGCUUAAGAAAAUGCGAGCUGAGGCUGAGGGUGAACAGCCAGUGUUUGAUUCUCUCGAAGAAGAGCUGAAGAAGGCCACUGCAGUGAGCGACAAGAUGUCACGUGUACACAGUGAGCGUGAUGCUGAGCUGGACCAUUACCGCCAGCUCCUCUCCAGUCUCCAGGAUCGCUGGAAGGCCGUGUUCACACAGACUGACCUUCGCCAGAGAGAGCUAGAGCAGCUUGGUCGCCAGCUUGGCUACUAUCGUGAGAGCUAUGAUUGGCUGAUCCGCUGGAUUGCCGAUGCCAAGCAAAGACAGGAAAAGAUUCAGGCUGUGCCCAUCACUGACAGCAAAACUCUGAAAGACCAACUGGCCCAAGAGAAGAAACUGCUGGAGGAGAUUGAGAAUAACAAAGACAGAGUUGAUGAGUGUCAGAAAUAUGCUAAAGCAUACAUUGAUACCAUCAAGGACUAUGAACUCCAGUUGGUUGCCUACAGAGCUCAGGUGGAGCCUCUUGCUUCUCCCUUGAAGAAAACCAAACUGGAUUCUGCGUCUGACAACAUCAUUCAGGAGUAUGUAACACUGAGGACCAGGUACAGUGAACUGAUGACACUGACUAGUCAGUACAUCAAGUUCAUCACUGACUCACAGCGCCGCUUGGAGGACGAGGAGAAAGCUGCAGAGAAACUCAAAGCGGAAGAGCAGAAAAAAAUGGCCAAGAUGCAGGCUGAGUUAGAUAAACAGAAGCAGUUAGCUGAAGCUCAUGCAAAGGCCAUUGCCAAAGCAGAGAAAGAGGCUCAAGAGCUGAAGCUCAGAAUGCAGGAAGAAGUAAGCAGGAGGGAAACUGCUGCUGUAGAUGCAGAAAAGCAAAAGCACAACAUCAAGCUGGAACUGCAUGAGCUCAAAAACCUCUCAGAGCAGCAGAUCAAAGACAAAAGUAAACAGGUGGAUGAGGCUCUUCAAAGUAGGUUGAAGAUUGAGGAGGAAAUCCGCCUCAUCAGGAUCCAACUUGAGACAACAGUAAAACAAAAGUCAACCGCAGAAUCUGAGCUGAAACAACUUCGUGACAGAGCAGCUGAAGCUGAGAAACUCAGAAAAGCUGCCCAGGACGAAGCUGAGAAGCUCCGCAAACAAGUCAAUGAAGAGACUCAGAAAAAGCGCAUGGCAGAGGAGGAACUCAAAUGCAAAGCUGAAGCAGAGAAGGAAGCUGCUAGACAAAAGCAAAAAGCUCUGGAAGACCUUGAAAACCUCAAGAUGCAGGCUGAGGAGGCUGAAAGACAAGUGAAACAAGCAGAGAUUGAAAAGGAGAGACAAAUCAAGGUUGCUCAUGAAGCAGCCCAGAAGAGUGCUGCAGCUGAACUCCAAAGCAAACAUAUGUCCUUUGUGGAAAAGACCUCAAAGUUAGAAGAAUCCCUUAAACAAGAGCAUGGUGCUGUCCUUCAGCUUCAGCAAGAAGCAGCGUGUCUCAAGAAACAACAGGAGGAUGCAGAAAAUGCCAGAGAAGAAGCAGAAAAAGAACUUGAGAAAUGGAGGCAAAAAGCGAAUGAGGCCCUCCGUCUAAGACUCCAGGCUGAGGAAGAAGCUCACAAAAAAAGCCUUGCUCAAAAAGAGGCUGAGAAGCAAAAGGAGGAGGCUGAGCGUGAGGCUAAAAAGAGAGCCAAAGCUGAAGAGUCAGCCCUGAAGCAGAAAGAUAUGGCUGAGAACGAGCUUGAGAGGCAGAGGAAGGUAGCUGAGAGCACAGCUCAGCAAAAACUCACUGCAGAACAGGAGCUGAUUCGACUUAGGGCAGACUUUGAUAAUGCAGAACAGCAAAGAUCGCUUCUUGAAGAUGAACUUUACCGCCUGAAAAAUGAAGUCGUUGCAGCUCAGCAACAAAGGAAACAACUGGAAGAUGAACUGGCCAAAGUGAGAAGUGAAAUGGAUAUACUCAUUCAGCUCAAGUCCAAGGCAGAAAAGGAGACUAUGUCCAACACAGAGAAGAGCAAACAACUUCUUGAGGCUGAAGCUGCUAAGAUGAGGGAUCUGGCCGAGGAGGCAAGCAAGCUUAGAGCCAUUUCAGAAGAGGCCAAGCAUCAGAGACAAGUUGCUGAGGAAGAGGCAGCUCGUCAAAGAGCAGAGGCUGAAAGGAUUCUUAAAGAGAAGCUGGCUGCAAUCAGUGAGGCAACUCGUUUAAAAACAGAGGCUGAAAUUGCUCUGAAAGAGAAGGAGGCUGAAAACGAAAGACUCCGGCGGCAAGCUGAGGAUGAGUCUUACCAGAGGAAAGCUCUUGAAGACCAGGCCAACCAACACAAGCAAGAGAUUGAAGAAAAGAUAGUACAACUCAAAAAAUCAUCAGAGGCUGAAAUGGAAAGACAAAAAGCAAUCGUUGAUGACACGUUAAAACAGAGGCGAGUUGUCGAAGAAGAAAUCCGAAUACUUAAGCUCAACUUUGAAAAGGCUUCAUCUGGCAAACUUGAUUUGGAACUAGAACUGAACAAACUGAAAAACAUCUCGGAGGAAACUCAACAAAGCAAACUAAGAGCAGAGGAGGAGGCAGAAAAACUAAGGAAGCUUGCCCUUGAGGAGGAGAAGAGGAGGAGGGAAGCAGAGGAAAAGGUAAAGAAGAUUGCUGCUGCAGAGGAGGAGGCAGCCAGACAAUGCAAGGCAGCCCAAGAGGAGCUCGAUCGUCUAAAAAAGAAAGCUGAAGAAGCCAGAAAGCAGAAAGAUGAGGCUGAUAAAGAAGCAGAAAAACAGAUUGUUAUGGCCCAACAAGCAGCCCUUAAAUGCAGUGCAGCUGAGCAACAAGUCCAAAGUGUUCUUGCUCAACAGAAGGAGGAUACCAUCACGCAGAAGAAGCUUAAGGAAGAGUAUGAGAAAGCCAAGAAGCUUGCCAAAGAGGCAGAGGCUGCUAAGGAGAAGGCAGAAAGGGAGGCAAUUCUCCUUCGUCAACAAGCCGAGGAUGCAGAACGACAGAAGGCAACUGCUGAGCAAGAAGCUGCACACCAAGCCAAAGCUCAAGAGGAUGCUGAGAGGUUGAGGAAGGAAGCUGAAUUUGAAGCUGCUAAACGAGCACAAACAGAAGCUGCAGCACUCAAGCAGAAGCAACUUGCUGAUGCUGAAAUGCUAAAGCACAAAAAAUUGGCAGAACAAACAUUAAAACAGAAGUUCCAAGUGGAGCAAGAGCUCACAAAGGUUAAACUCAAGCUUGAUGAAACUGAUAAACAGAAAUCUGUUCUUGAUGAAGAGCUGCAGCGCUUGAAGGAUGAGGUUGAUGAUGCUCUCAAACAAAGGGCCCAGGUGGAGGAGGAGCUGUUCAAAGUCAAGGUUCAGAUGGAGGAACUACUCAAACUGAAAAUCAAAAUUGAGGAGGAAAAUCAACGUCUCAUCAAGAAAGAUAAAGACAACACUCAAAAAUUCCUUGCUAAGGAGGCUGACAAUAUGAAAAAACUAGCAGAGGACGCUGCUAGACUUAGUGUAGAGGCCCAAGAGGCUGCACGCUUGAGACAGAUAGCAGAAGAAGACCUUAGUCAACAAAGAGCUCUUGCAGAAAAAAUGCUCAAAGAGAAAAUGCAGGCCAUACAAGAAGCAUCUAGGCUUAGAGCCGAGGCAGAGAUGCUCCAAAGGCAGAAAGACUUGGCUCAGGAGCAGGCACAAAAGCUAAUGGAGGAUAAACAAGUAAUGCAACAACGUCUGGAGGAAGAAACAGAAGAAUACCAGAAGUCACUGGAAGUAGAGAGGAAAAGACAACUGGAGAUUAUAGCUGAAUCUGAAAAGCUCAAACUUCAGGUUUCUCAGCUCAGUGAAGCCCAGGCCAAAGCUGAGGAGGAGGCUAAAAAAUUCAAGAAACAAGCUGAUGCCAUUGCAUCCCGCCUUCAUGAGACUGAAAUAGCCACAAAAGAAAAAAUAACUGAAGUGGAAAAACUGGAACUUGCAAGACUAAGUACCGGCAAAGAGGCUGACGAUUUACGCAAAGCUAUUGCAGAACUAGAAAAGGAGAAGGCUAGACUCAAAAAGGAGGCUGAAGACCUUCAAAAUAAGUCUAAAGAGAUGGCUGACGCACAGCAGAAACAAAUUGAACACGAAAAGACAGUGCUCCAGCAGACAUUCCUGACAGAAAAGGAGAUGCUGCUAAGGAAGGAGAAGCAAAUUGAAGAGGAGAAAAAGAGGCUGGAGAGCCAGUUUGAAGAGGAAGUCAAAAAGGCCAAAGCUCUCAAAGAUGAACAGGAACGCCAGAGACAGGAGAUGGAGGAUGAGAAGAAGAAACUCCAGGCUACUAUGGAUGCAGCUCUCAACAAACAAAAGGAGGCUGAAAAAGAGAUGCAGAACAAGCAAAAAGAAAUGAAAGAAUUGGAGAAGCAGAGACUAGAACAGGAAAGAAUUCUUGCAGAGGAGAACCAGAAAUUGCGUGAGAAGCUGCAACAGCUUGAGGAAGCACAGAAAGACCAGCCUACAAGAGAAAUCAACAUUCAGACUGACAAAGUCCCAGACAAAGAGCUCAUCCAUGUCACAAUGGUUGAGACUACAAAGAAAGUUUACAACGGCCAAAAUGUUACUGAUGUAGUAGACAGUAUAGAGAAGAGACCAGAUCCCUUGGCUUUUGACGGCAUUCGUGAUAAGGUACCUGCAAGCAGACUUCAUGACCUUGGUCUGUUACCCAAGAAGGAGUUUGACAAGUUGAAAAAUGGUAAAACCACUGUUCAAGAUCUUGGUGAGACCGAAAAUCUAAAAAGAAUUCUCAAAGGAAAGAACUGCAUUGCUGGUGUUUUGACACCAUCUAAUCAAAAAAUGUCAAUCUACCAAGCAUCAAAAGAGAAAAAGAUUACUCCAGGCACAGCCUUGAUCCUUCUUGAAGCCCAGGCAGCCACAGGUUACAUUUUAGACCCCAUAAAGAACCAGAAACUUAACGUUAAUGAAGCUGUCAGGGAAGGCUUGAUUGGCCCUGAAUUGCACAACAAAAUGCUUUCAGCUGAGAGGGCAGUCAUUGGUUACAAAGAUCCAUACACUGGUAGGAAGAUUUCUGUCUUUGAAGCUAUGAAAAAGGGUCUGAUAGAACAUGAUCAUGCCAUCAGAGUCCUUGAGGCUCAGCGUGCAACUGGUGGCAUCAUUGACCCCAUUAAUAGUCACCGUGUGCCUGAUGAAAUAGCCUAUAAACAGGGACAGUAUGACGUUGAAAUGAACAAGAUUAUGGAGAACCCUUCAGAUGACACCAAGGGAUACUUUGAUCCCAGCACUCAGGAACCUUUGACAUAUUCUGAGCUAAUGGCGAGAUGCACCACAGACCCUGACACUAGUCUGCUACUUCUGCCCAUCACGGACAAAGCUGCUCAGUGCUCCAGUAUAUACACAGAGGAGGAGACCAAGGAUGUGUUCAGCAAAACAACUGUGUCAGUACCAUUUGGAAGAUUCAAGGGAAAGACUGUCACCAUUUGGGAAAUAAUCAAUUCUGAGUAUUUCACUGAGGACCAGAAGAAGGACCUUCUUCGUCAAUACAAGACAGGCAAAAUCACAAUUGAAAAAAUCAUUAGGAUUGUGAUUACUGUGGCAGAGGAGAAGGAGAAGAAAAAUGAAAUUACCUUUGAUGGUUUGAGAGCACCUGUUCCUGCCACUGAACUUCUGGAAUCCAAAAUCAUUGAUAAAGACCUGUACAACAAAUUGCACAAGGGCAAUAAAACAGUCAAAGAGGUCUCUGAAAUGGAGCCUGUCAGCAAAGCACUGAAGGGUACAAACUGCAUUGCAGGAGUAGUUAUUGACUCAUCUAAGGAGACAAUGUCCUUUUAUCAAGCUAUGAAGAAAGACAUGAUGAGGGCAGGGCCUGCCUUGAAUAUGCUUGAAGCCCAAGCAGGAACAGGCUUUGUGGUUGACCCUGUUCAUAAUCAGAAGUACACUGUUGAUGAAGCUGUCAAAGCAGGUGUUGUUGGUCCUGAGCUGCAUGAAAAACUCCUGUCUGCAGAGCGAGCUGUUACAGGCUACAAAGAUCCUUACACUGGGAAGACUGUAUCUCUGUUCCAAGCAAUGAAAAAAGAUCUCAUACCUAAAGAACAAGGAAUCCGACUACUUGAUGCCCAAAUGACGACUGGUGGCAUUAUCGAUCCAGUAAACAGCCAUCACAUUCCUCAUGAUGUGGCCUGCAAGAGGAAUUAUUUUGAUGAUGGAAUGAAACAGCUUCUCAGCAGCCCCACUGAUGAAACUAAAUGCUUCUUUGACCCCAACACAAAGGAAAAUGUGACAUACUCCGAGCUCUUCAAGAGGUGUGUCACUGACAAGAAAACUGGUCUCCCACUUCUGCCUCUUUCUGACGAAGCAAUCAAUGCAAAGGAGGAGCUAACAUACACUGAAGUUCAGACAAAAGAGGCCAUGACUCAGGCAACUGUGGAGCUUGAUUCUGGACCAUUUAAGGGUAGGAAGAUGACCAUCUGGGAAAUCAUACACUCUGAAUAUCUCACUGAGGAACAAAGGCUUGACCUGCUUAGACAGUUUAGGUCAGGGAAGCUUACAAUUGAGAAGAUCAUCAAAAUUGUUAUCACAAUUGUAAAUGAGAAAGAGGCAAAGAAACAAGAAAAAUCCAGCUUCAAGGGACUGAGAGCUCCAGUCCCCGCAAGCUCUCUGCAUGAUUCCAAAAUUAUUGACAAAUCAACGUUUGACCUCCUUCAACAAGGAAAAACAACACCUAAACAAGUCAGUGAGAAUCCCAAUGUCAACAAAUAUCUCCAGGGCUCUGAUAGCAUUGCCGGCAUCUAUGUGGGGCCAACAAAAGAGAAAAUAAGCAUUUAUCAGGCUAUGAAGAAGCAUCUUCUCAGACACAACACUGGUCUUUCACUUCUUGAGGCCCAGGCUGCCACUGGGUUCAUUGUGGAUCCAGUUAGGAACCAGUACAUGUCAGUAGAUGAGGCAGUGAAGUCACGCCUUGUUGGUCCAGAGCUACAUGAAAAACUCCUCUCUGCCGAAAAAGCUGUCACUGGCUACAAAGAUCCUUUCACAGGCAACAAAAUCUCCCUCUUUGAAGCAAUGCAAAAAGAUCUUAUCUUGAAAGAGCAUGCCAUGCCACUGUUAGAAGCACAGAUGGUAAGUGGAGGAAUUAUUGACCCUGUAAACAGUCACCGUGUCCCAAUUGAUGUUGCAUAUCAGAAAAACUUUUUCAGCAAAGAGACUGCUAAGACCCUAUCUCAACCAGGUGAUGGUAACAAAGCUUUCUCAGAUCCAGAAACCGAUGAAAAUGUUACCUACAGACAGCUUAAAGACAAAUGUCAAAGAGACCCGGAGACAGGCCUGUACAUCCUUCCACUUUCAAAGCCCCAGUCUCCAACAGUUGUGGAGAAGACAUACCUCUACACAGAGGAGCAAACACAGAGUGAUCUGACCAACACCCAAAUUGACAUUCCAAUUGAGGGCCUUGCUGACAAACCAAUGAACCUCUGGGAUGUCAUGAACUCAAAUUUGCUUCCAGAGCAGGAGCGACAGAAGCUCAUGGAUGAAUAUCGCUCUGGUAAAAUCACUAAAGAGCGUAUGAUCAUCAUUAUUAUUGAGAUCAUGGAGCAGAGAGAGAUCAUCAGGAAUGAUAGUCCACUGUCAUAUAAGACUAUCAGGAGAAGAAUAACUAUUGAGGAGCUCUACAAUGCCCGCAUCAUUGACUUGGAGACAUACAACCUCCUUAAAGAGGGUAAGAGGGACAUCCGUGACAUAAUGGAGAUGACCAGCGUCAAACAGUAUCUCUAUGGCACAGGCUGUGUUGCUGGGAUCACGACUGACUCAAGCUCCAAGUUGAGCAUAUACCAAGGAAUGAAGAGAGGUUUUAUUAAUCCAGAAAUAGCCCUCAGCCUCCUAGAAGCACAAGCUGCUACGGGAUUCAUUGUUGAUCCAGUUAAAAAUGAAACACUCACAGUUGACGAAGCUGUUCGCAAGGGUGUCGUCGGACCUGAGAUCCAUGAUAAACUCCUUUCAGCUGAGAGAGCAGUCACAGGAUACAAGGAUCCAUACAGUGGAAAAAUAAUAUCUCUUUUCCAGGCGAUGAAAAAGGACCUUGUUCCAGAGGAUUAUGCUCUGAAAAUGUUGGAGGCGCAAACAGCCACUGGUGGUAUUAUUGAUCCUGAAUUCCAGUUCCACCUGCCAGCAGACAUUGCCAUGCAAAGAGGUUAUAUCAACAAGGAAACCAAUGAAAGGCUAACUGACAAUGUGAAAGGAUUUGUUGACCCGGUCACUGAAGAGAAGUUAUCAUAUGCACAACUGCUCAAAAGAUGCAAGUUAGAUGGCGGGUUACGUUUACUCUCCCUGGGAGACAAGAGGCUGAUGUUUAAGGGUCUGAGAAAACAGAUCACAAUGGAGGAGCUGCUCCGCUCACAAAUUAUUGACCAGCAGACAGCCACUGAACUGAAUGAAGGGCUUAUUUCAGUGGAAGAGGUUAGCACUAGACUAUCAAGGUACCUUGAGGGCACAAGCUGUAUUGCUGGUGUAUAUUUAGAGUCCACAAAGGAACGUCUAUCUAUAUACCAGGCCAUGAAGAAGAACAUGAUUAGGCCGGGCACUGCAUUUGAACUGCUUGAAGCACAGGCAGCCACAGGUUAUGUAAUUGAUCCAAUAAAAAACCUCAAACUGACUGUCAACGAAGCAGUGAAAAUGGGAAUUGUAGGUCCUGAAUUCAAAGACAAGCUCCUCUCUGCUGAACGUGCAGUGACAGGAUAUAGAGAUCCUUACUCAGGCAAAACUAUCUCCUUGUUCCAGGCCAUGAAAAAAGGGCUAAUCCUGAAAGAUCACGGUAUCCGUCUCCUUGAAGCCCAGAUUGCCACUGGUGGAAUCAUUGACCCAGAAGAAAGUCACCGUCUGCCAGUUGAGGUGGCCUACAAACGAGGUUUCUUUGAUGAGGAAAUGAAUGAAAUCCUGACAGAUCCAUCUGAUGACACCAAAGGCUUUUUUGAUCCCAACACUGAGGAAAACCUAACCUACCUCCAGCUCAUGGAGAGGUGCAUCACUGAUCCUGACACUGGUUUGGUGCUCCUGCUACUGAAAGAAAAGAAGAGAGAAAGGAAGACCUCUUCCAAAUCCUCAGUUCGUAAACGCAGAGUUGUCAUUGUAGACCCAGAGACAGGCAAAGAAAUGACUGUAUAUGAGGCCUACAGGAAGGGGCUCAUAGACCACCAAACCUACCUGGAGCUUGCUGAGCAGGAGUGUGAAUGGGAAGAGAUCACAAUGACCUCCUCUGAUGGUACUGUCAAAUCCGUUAUUAUUGACAGGAGGUCAGGGAGACAGUAUGAUGUUGACGAUGCUCUUUUGCGCGGCCUCAUUGACCAGAAUUCUCUUGAUACAUACCGAUCUGGAAACCUGUCCAUCACAGAAUUUGCUGACAUGCUUUCUGGAAACAUGGGGGGCUUCCGCUCUCGCUCAUCCUCCUUUGGUUCUACCACUGGUUCCACUUACUCCUCUCCUAUGAGCCCCAUACCCUCCAUUAAACCACCUGCAGUCAUAUGGAAUGACCCAGCAGAGGAGACAGGCCCUAUAGCUGGAAUCUUAGACAUAGACACACUGGAGAAGGUGUCUAUCACUGAGGCUAUGCACAGAAACCUUGUAGAUAAUAUCACAGGCCAAAGACUGUUGGAGGCCCAAGCCUGUACAGGAGGAAUAAUUGAUCCCACAACUGGGGAGAAAUUCUCAGUCACUGAAGCUACAGAAAAAGGCCUUGUUGAUAAAGUCAUGGUUGAUCGUCUCAACUUGGCUCAAAAAGCAUUCAAUGGAUUUGAAGACCCCAGAACUAAAGUGAAGAUGUCUGCCUCCCAGGCUCUAAAGAAAGGCUGGUUGUAUUAUGAGGCUGGGCAGCGUUUCCUUGAGGUCCAAUAUUUGACCGGUGGACUUAUUGAGCCUGAUGUGGAAGGCAGAGUGUCACUAGACGAAUCCAUCAGGAAAGGCACAAUCGAUGCCCGUACUGCGCAGAAACUGAGAGAUGUCACUGCUUAUUCUAAAUAUCUAACAUGUCCAAAAACCAAACUGAAAAUCUCCUUCAAAGAUGCCAUGGAUAAAAGCAUGGUUGAGGAAGGAUCUAGCCUAAGGCUUCUGGAGGCCUCUUCACAGUCCAGUAAAGGCCUCUACAGUCCUUACAAUGUCAGUGGCCCUGGAUCUGCCUAUGGCUCCCGGACUGGCUCAAGGACCGGAUCUCGAACUGGCUCCAGGAGAGGCAGCUUUGAUGCUGGCUCUGGUUUCAGCAUGAACUUCUCAUCAUCCUCCUUCACAUCCACUUCAUCUGGCUACAGCCGCAGAUUCUUAUAACUCUGUUCCUAACAACUUGUCACUAAGAACCAACAAUACUAAUGCACUUUACAGUUGCAUUUUUCACCAGAAAAAAGAAUUACACUAACAAACAAAAUAUAAUUUAUUUAUUCUGUUCUGCCUAGGUUAUUAAUUUUUCAUAUAUAAAAGAUAAAUAAACAUGUGCCUCAUAUAUGGUGGCAUAACAAAGCAUUGCUAACUAUAUAAGAUAUUAAUUCUCUGUCUAAAGUCACUUUAUAUUUUUAAAAGCAAAUCAUGACAUUUCUGCUUUUUAAGUGACUUUACAGUUUUCAUUUUACAUCUGUUAAUUGUAUAAUUGUGCUUUUUGAAACUAAUAUAUACUAUAUGUAUGUCAAACAGAAAUAUUUUUCCAGUUGUUUUCAACAGAAACUGAAUGUCAGCAUAGUUCUAAUGUUUUUUUUAACCAAUUCUAAAAUACAUAGAUGCCUUCAAAUCUCUGAAUGUUUGUAUAGCAUAUGGACAGAAUUUGUAUUAAUCAUUUCCUCUUUUGCCAAAAUAAAUGAUCUAUCCAUGAGACACUAUAGAAUGACUGACAACAGGAAUAUUGCACUGAAAGGAAGUGCCAGAAUUAAAAUAAUGCAGAAUGUACUGAAACCAGUUUCACACCUGUCAUUACCUUGUACUUAUGUCCAUCUAUAUUCAGUAGACUUUUGCAUACUUCAUUACCCCAUUAUUUUAAACACUCCAAGUUCUGGAUUCUUUAUAUUCAUCAUCAAUCAAGUGUUCCUGGUAAAUCCCAAGAUGAUGUCAGACUUGAUCCUGCUCUCCCAUACAGACCUGCCUCCUGUUAUUAUUCAUCUUCUGCAUCAGUCCCUCAGAAUGCAACAUAUGAGCACAGAUACUCAUUUGGCCAGAGCACAUGAUCCCAUCAACUUGGAUGGCUUUGUGAUUCCGUGUCAUCCUCAUGCAGUUAUACAGAUCUGCCAUUGAGUAUGUCCUUUCUUCCAUUGCACAUCAUAUUUGAAGAAAACAGAGGCUGAGUCAACCUGACACCAUCUUGGGAUGCCUUUCUAGGAACACUUUUCUUUUAGAAACUUUUUCAUGUAUUUAUUACUUAAUAAUAAUAGUGAUAUUCAGUUGAUAUUCAUCCUGAUAUCCUUUUUUUAGAGAACUUCAAAGCAUACACACAAUUGUGUGUAUAUAUAUAUAUAUAUAUAUAUAUAUGUUAGUCCAACCAAAAGGCGAAUAAGAUACAUUUGAAGAAAUUACUUAUGAUAUAGCACCACAUUGCAUGAAUGUAUGUAUCAGUUGACUGCUUGCCACAGAUUUCAUUUGCAACCCGAAAAAGAAGCUUGAAGCUUUAAUUUACUAGUUAUUUUUCCACAGAAGGCAUUUCUGUUAUUUACCUUUGUAAAUCAUUUUAUUGCGUUUUCAUCAAGUUUUUGAUAUAUUAUGAAUUUACUUUGCAUGUUCUACUAACUUUACAAAGGAUAUUUGGGAAAAAUGUUAGUGUAAAAUAAAUAAGUGUGUAAGACAAUUGCAGAUGUAACUGCUUAUUUUUAUUUUAUCAUUAUAUAAAUUCACAAACUAACUGGUUUAUUUUGCUUAUGGGGAAGAUUUGAAUGAUAUGGUUAGUGGAUUCUGUUGUAUGUUCUGAACGUUACACAAUGUUGUAAAUAAAUAUACUCUGAAGAGA